GCUAGUGCCGGGCCCCGGCCCCGCCCAUCGGCCCUCCCCUCCCGGCUGCCGCGGGGGGAAAGAGGCGGCGGAGCUGCGCGUGGGGACUCGGCGGGCGGUGAGGAGCGCGGAGCCGGAGCCGGACGCCGCCGCCGCCACCGCCACCUGCGCUGCCGUCAUCAAGAUGUCAUGGCAUCCCCAGUACCGGAGCUCCAAGUUCCGCCACGUCUUUGGCAAACCAGCCAGCAAGGAGAAUUGCUACGACUCGGUGCCCAUCACCCACAGCGUCCACGACAAUCACUUCUGCGCCGUGAACCCCCGUUUCAUUGCAGUCGUGACCGAGUGCGCUGGUGGGGGAGCCUUCCUCGUCAUUCCCUUGAACCAGACAGGAAAGCUGGACCCCCACUACCCAAAGGUCUGCGGGCACAAAGGGAACGUCUUAGACAUCAAGUGGAAUCCUUUUAAUGAUUUUGAGAUCGCCUCCUGUUCUGAAGAUACCACAAUUAAGAUCUGGGACAUCCCCACGCAGCUGCUGACGAAGAACCUCACAGUCUUCAGGAAGGAGCUGAUGGGCCAUGCCCGCAGGGUGGGCCUGGUGGAGUGGCACCCCACAGCCGCCAACAUCCUCUUCAGCUCUGGCUAUGACUACAAGGUGAUGGUCUGGAACCUGGACACAACGGAGUCUGUAAUCAAUAACCCCGUGAGGACAAUUUGCUGCCACCAAGACGUGAUCCUUUCCAUGUCCUUCAACCCCAGUGGCAGCCUGCUGGCCACCACCUGUAAAGACCGCAAGAUUCGGAUUCUCGACCCCCGGGCAGGGGCCGUCCUCCAGGAAGCCAGCUACAAGGGGCACCGGGCCAACAAAGUGCUGUUUCUGGGGAACCUGAAGAAGCUGCUGUCCACAGGCACAUCCCGGUGGAACCACCGUCAGAUGGCCGUGUGGGACCAGGACAACCUCUCCGUGCCUCUCUCAGAGGAGGACCUGGAUGGCUCCUCGGGCGUGCUGUUUCCCUUCUACGAUGCAGACACCAGCAUGCUCUACGUGGUGGGGAAGGGAGAUGGAAACAUCCGCUACUAUGAAGUGAGUGCCGACAAACCUCACCUGAACUACCUGACGGAAUACCGCUCCUACAACCCCCAGAAGGGGAUUGGUGUCAUGCCAAAGAGAGGUCUCGACGUGUCCUCCUGCGAGAUCUUCCGCUUCUAUAAGCUGAUUACAACCAAAAACCUCAUCGAACCUGUAUCCAUGAUUGUACCCCGGCGGUCGGAGUCUUACCAAGAGGACAUCUACCCACCCACGGCAGGAACCCAGCCCUCUCUGUCGGCCCAGGAGUGGCUCUGUGGGAUGAAUAAAGGGCCGGUCCUGGUGUCCCUAAGGCCAGGCUCCGAUCAGCUGAGCUCCCAGCCACCGCUCCCAGAGAGACCCCCCUCCCUCAACCGGACAGAACAGUUGGUUUUAGAAGAUGGCCAGAGGCCCUUCUCCCUGCCGGAGGGGAAGAUGCCAAGGAGGGUAGCAGAACACAGGCUGGAAGAGAAGAAAACCCGGCUCACAAACGGCUUUGACGUCUUCGAGUGUCCCCCACCAAAGACAGAGAACGAGCUGCUGCAGAUGUUUUAUCGGCAACAGGAGGAGAUCCGGAGGCUCCGGGAGCUGGUGACCCAGCGCGAGGUCCAGGCCAAACAGUUGGAACUGGAGAUCAAAAACUUGCGGAUGGGCUCAGAGAGGUUCUGAGCAGAGAUGUCUGCCCUCCUCGCCCUCAGGGACACCACUCGGCUCCAUGGGGAGGUCCAGAACCAAACCACAAGUCCCCCAACAACAACCACUAUUUCUAUAUUUUUUACCAGAAAACGAAACUCUUGGUCGCUGGAAGAUUCUAGUGGGAGGGACGUGGUGCCGUUUUUCUAUUUGCCUUCUCAAAACAACACUGUCUGAAUUGACUCUUUGUAGACGAUA